UCUCUCUCUCUCUCUCUCCACUUUGUUUGAAGAACUAACAAAGCCAAAAUGGAGUCUGCAAACAUUGAUCAUGUGACUUCUGAGAUGAACCAAACCCAACCAAAAUGGCAAGGCCAAGCUUGUGCAGACUUGGCAGGUCCAAAGGCAGACCAAAUAUGGCCCUUCGUGGAGGACUUCUUUGGCCUCAAAAGGUGGUUCCCGACCCUCACUGCUUGCACCGGGGUCGAGGGCGUCCUUGGCCAGCCCGGGUGCAUCCGUUACUGUGCUGGGUUCAAUAAUGCCCCGUUCGACCGGGCCAUCGGUCAGGCCAAGACAAGCACCCUGUAUUGGGCGAAGGAGAAGCUGUUGUCGAUCGACCCAGUCGCCAAGACAUUAAGCUAUACCAUCAUAGACAGCAAUAUCAGGUUCAACUCCUACGUAGCCACAGGCCGAGUCGUGCCUAAGGAAGAGGGGUGUUGCAUCAUGUGGCGGUAUGAGGUCGAGCCCGUGAACGGCUGGAAACACGAGGACUUGGACCAGUGGUUCGAGUCGGCCUUGCAGGUCAUGGCCAGGAGCAUGGAGAAGGCUCUUCUCGGUCAAGCACACUGAUCUCGUCUGAAUCUGAUGAUUUGCUUCUGUGCUCGUAUGGUAGUCUUGGAGCUGAGUGAUGCGGUGUGCAAUAGUACGUAGUAGCUCUCUAAUAUUUUCGCAAUAAUUCGUAUGGGAGACAUUUGAUAUAAUUUAUAAAAGUUGAUAAUUUUUAUU